AUGGUGAUGAAGGCUUUCCACCUUUCCCUGUUAGCGGCAACCACUGUGUUAUUACUGCUGCUUCCUGUUCCUGGUAGGUGUGCUGACGACAUCCAGCAGUCCUCAACAUCAAAACAUACCGUGAAAUUUGAUGGCGACAAUUGGGCGGCAACUGUCCAGCAGAAAGAGGAACAACUGAGGGAAAUACUUGUGAGCGACAUCGAUCGUUACGUGCAACGGAAUGGAAGUUUUCUGACGGAGGUUUUAAUUACCUCAUUCGACCCCACACACAACUUUAUCGAAAUACUCAUAGUUGUUGUACAAACCGUCAGGGCACAAGUUUCAAAUCCUGAGAGGCAACACAUUUGGCCGCCUGCGGAGGUGAAUUCACUUAUUACGCAGACGGAUUAUAGUAAAACGCUAAGUUUGUACGAAGGUGUGAAGAGACCGGAACUCAUCUCCGUGAAGGUGCAUGAUGGAAAACUGCAUUUUGGUGAGUGCGAUGACACAUGCAGGCGACUAUUAAAGCUGGCGAUGGUAGUUAUUAUUUUAAUGGGGGUUUCUUUACUUAUUUUGAUCAUUUACCUAAUCGUCAACUGUUGCCGUGGGGAACCAAAAGAAAAAGAUGAGAGCAAUGCCAAUCAUCCUUACAAUCAAGACCACUAUAGGACUGAGGAAACAAACAAAUAA